UCAACAUACCAUAUAAACCCAUGUCUAUUUCUUCCUCAGUGGUCUCAAAUGAUCUUUUUUUCCUGUCCCCUUUCAGGGAAGAUGCAUCUACCUCAAUUCUCUACUUAUCUGUAUUUUCUCUUCUGCCCUACUUUGAUUUACAGGGAGAACUAUCCAAGGACACCCCGUGUUCGAUGGAGGUAUGUCAUCAAGAACUUUGCUAAGUUCCUGAUGAGUCUGUUUUAUGGAUCCAUGCUCUUCAAGUGCUGCUCAAUUCCUAUCUUCAGCAACAUGAAUAAGCAGUCCCUCACCUUCCGAAGUUUUGUGCUGAUUGUCUUCAGUGCAACAUUGUUUGCAUUUUAUUGGGCAAUUCUGAUUUGGUAUACCUUUUUCCACUGUUGGCUUAAUGCCUUUGCUGAAAUGAUGCGCUUUGCUGACCGCACUUUCUACAAGGACUGGUGGAAUGCCACAUCUACCUCUGCAUUCUUACGGAGCUGGAAUGUAGUAGUACAUGAUUGGCUGUACUGUUAUAUCUAUCAGGACCUUCUGUGGGUAUUCAAAUCAAAGGCCCAGUCUGUGGCUGUGUUGUUCACCUUCAUUGUUUCAGGCGCUUUCCAUGAAUAUAUCUUCAUGAUGAGUUUUGGUUUCUUCUACCCACUUCUGUUCAUAUUCUGGUUUAUUGCCAUCUCAACAGGUCAGUACUGCCUUAAAGGACCCAUUAGAGCAGAAAUCAUCUUGACAGUGAAUUUAUUGGGUUUUUAAAAUCCAUGCCUGCAAUUGUAUAAGACACAAGCAGAGGUUUCUAAAGGACAACCAUAACAUCUUUUUUUAAAAAAAAUCAACAUUUAGUCACCAUAAAUCCAAUCACAACUAAAUGUAAAAUACUGAGGAAUAAAGUUGUCUCAGUCACCUUACUCUUUGUGACAGUCCCCC